GGGGCCGCUGGGGGCGGCCGCGCGAGGAGCCCCGCGGGUGGGUUGGAAAUUCCCGUCAGGGAAAACGCAGCAGGAGCCUGUUGCCCGCGCUGCUCCAGAAUACGCGCCGUCUCUUUUAGCUUGGGCUCAAGGAUCUUGCCGAGGAUAUCACCAGAGCGCCCGGAGUGAUAACUACUGCCUGGGAGCUGAACUGGGGGGGAAAAAAAAAAAGGACAGCGGAGAAAGAAUGCUUAGGUAACCCGGGACUUAAAGCUUUGCUUUCAUUCUGCAGCGUACAAAUGGAUGCACGUGGUUUUAUAUACAGUAUAGCAUCAGAAUAGAACUAGGUUCUGCAGUGAAAGAGUCGACAGCUUAGUCAUUUUACUUAAAGGGAGCAGGCAGCCUUAUCGAGGGGUUAGACAGCAAAAAUGAAUUUGGUCGUGCUAUGAUAGUACCUCACAAUGGUGUCUAACUGUAGCCCCGUCCUGUGGAACGGAAAAGGCGUACUUGCUUCCUUUUUUCUUAGUUGAAGAAAUAAAACCCUAGUAUCAAAUUCAGAAAGAACUUUGGGUUUCUUGUACAUGGCUGUUCAACAUCAUCCUGUUCCCUGGUCUUGUAAAAGAGGAAAACUGCAUUGAAGUGAUCACUGAUGAAUAUGUGUCUCAGAAAGAAGAAAAAGCAGUAUUCAUUUCUGAACAUGGCAAGGCAAUCUGAAGUUGCACAUCUCCCCCUAACCACUGAUUUGGCAUGGAUGACAAGAAAUUAUCUUUUGACUAACCUUUACCGACUGUCCAAAAUGCUGCAUAUGAAGAUGCUUUAAUUCACAGUCCAAGCACUUGGAUUUUUAUCGAGGCAAACUGUUGUCAUUGUCAUAACAGUUUAUGUAUACUGAUUAGUUUAAUGUUUUUUAAGUAGCAAGUGAUGCAUAAAAGGAUGGACGUGUACCUAGAAAACCCUGUGAGAAGUCUUUCUUCGGAUCCUGGGAAUUUUUAUUUUUGUGGAAUACAGUAAUUCUUGCAAUAAUCCCUGCUGUUAACUGCUUGUGCAGUUGUUCCGGAAUGCAUCUAUGAAUACCCUAACAGAUAAAUCUAGCUGACAAGGAAAAACACUGAUGUUGGAAGAUCUGUGAACAUGAUGCAUGUGAAUAAUUUCCCCUUUAGGAGGCAUUCAUGGAUAUGUUUCGAUGUAGACAAUGGUACAUCAUCGGGACGAAGUCCCUUGGAUCCCAUGACAAGCCCAGGAUCGGGGCUAAUUCUUCAGGCAAAUUUUGUGCACAGUCAACGAAGGGAGUCCUUCCUUUACCGGUCAGACAGUGACUAUGACCUAUCUCCAAAGUCCAUGUCCAGGAACUCCUCCAUUGCCAGUGAUAUACAUGGAGAUGACUUGAUUGUGACACCAUUUGCUCAGGUGCUGGCUAGCCUACGUACUGUACGGAAUAACUUCGCUGCAUUAACCAAUUUACAAGAUCGGGCACCCAGCAAACGAUCACCAAUGUGUAACCAACCAUCUAUUAACAAAGCAACUAUAACAGAGGAGGCCUACCAGAAACUGGCCAGCGAGACCCUGGAGGAGCUGGACUGGUGCUUGGACCAGCUGGAGACCCUGCAGACCAGGCACUCCGUCAGCGAAAUGGCCUCAAACAAGUUUAAAAGAAUGCUCAACCGGGAGUUAACCCACCUGUCUGAAAUGAGCAGGUCAGGCAAUCAGGUCUCAGAAUAUAUAUCGAACACGUUCUUAGACAAACAACAUGAAGUUGAAAUACCUUCUCCAACACAAAAAGAGAAAGAGAAAAAGAAGAGGCCAAUGUCUCAGAUCAGUGGAGUCAAAAAGCUGAUGCACAGCUCCAGCCUAACUAAUUCCAGUAUUCCAAGAUUCGGAGUUAAAACAGACCAAGAAGAUGUUCUUGCCAAGGAACUUGAAGAUGUGAACAAAUGGGGCCUCCAGGUUUUCAGAGUAGCAGAGUUAUCUGGAAACAGACCUUUGACUGUCAUCAUGCACACCAUUUUUCAGGAACGAGACUUGUUAAAAACAUUUAAGAUUCCAGUAGAUACUUUAAUAACUUACUUGAUGACCCUGGAAGACCAUUACCAUGCAGAUGUGGCAUAUCACAAUAACAUACAUGCUGCAGAUGUUGUUCAGUCAACCCAUGUCUUGCUGUCAACCCCAGCAUUAGAGGCAGUGUUCACUGAUUUGGAGAUUCUUGCAGCAAUUUUUGCCAGUGCAAUACAUGAUGUAGAUCAUCCUGGGGUUUCAAACCAGUUUCUUAUCAACACAAAUUCUGAACUCGCCUUGAUGUACAAUGACUCAUCAGUACUGGAGAAUCAUCACUUAGCUGUGGGCUUCAAACUGCUACAGGAAGAAAAUUGUGACAUUUUCCAAAAUUUGACCAAAAAACAGAGGCAAUCACUGAGGAAAAUGGUCAUUGACAUUGUACUUGCAACAGACAUGUCUAAGCAUAUGAAUCUAUUGGCUGAUUUAAAAACUAUGGUUGAAACCAAAAAAGUGACCAGUUCUGGUGUCCUACUUCUUGAUAACUAUUCAGACAGGAUUCAGGUUCUUCAGAACAUGGUGCACUGUGCAGAUCUAAGCAAUCCAACCAAGCCACUCCAUCUCUACCGUCAAUGGACAGACAGAAUAAUGGAGGAAUUUUUCCGUCAGGGAGAUCGGGAAAGAGAGAGGGGAAUGGAGAUAAGUCCGAUGUGUGAUAAGCACAAUGCAUCUGUAGAAAAAUCACAGGUGGGUUUUAUAGACUACAUUGUUCAUCCUCUGUGGGAGACAUGGGCAGAUCUUGUUCACCCAGAUGCCCAGGAUAUCUUAGAUACACUGGAGGACAAUCGAGAAUGGUACCAGAGCACAAUCCCUCAAAGUCCCUCUCCUGCACCUGAUGAUCAGGAAGAGGGUAGGCAGGGCCAAACUGAAAAAUUCCAGUUCGAACUAACACUGGAGGAAGAUGGUGAGUCAGACACUGAAAAGGACAGUGGAAGUCAAGUGGAAGAAGAUACCAGCUGCAGCGACUCCAAGACUCUUUGCACACAGGAUUCAGAAUCCACUGAAAUUCCUCUUGAUGAGCAAGUAGGAGAAGAAGUAGAAGAGGAGGACAACCAGACAGAACCAUGUGUGGUAGAAGAACAUUGUCCUGACACGUAACAAUGAAGACACAGUCUCUUAUUCAAUCUUGCCCUCUCCCUUUCUUUAACUCUUUCUCUCUGAUUUCUUUUUGGGUUUUGGAUUUUUUUUUUUUUUUUUUGAUUAGGUAAUGGUUUCCAAGGUGUACGUCAUAUGCUAUAACCAUGGUCACAACUCUCUGUCUUCUGCCAGGAUGGUUGUUGAUCAAAACUGACCUUGAUGACUCAGUUUGGCACUCAGGAAUAUUGUAACCAGAAUUUUCACCUCCAUGACAUCAGAAAGCAGGGGGGAGAACAUCCAUAAGCUACGCUUUGAUAAGCUCUCCACUUGGCAUAUUUGAUUAAAUAAAGCAAAUGUUUUCAGAGGAAUACCACCUGCCAACAAAAUGCUGGUAUACUUUGAUAGUUUUUGAGUUAAUUGUAUUUCACAGAGUAUUAGAUGAUGUUCAUCAUGAGAGGAAACAGACAGAAAAUAAACUGAGGUUCCUACUGGAAAACAAAUGCACAUAAAUGAUGGGACACAACAUGAUUUUGUUACCAAUAGGAAGAUAAGCUGUGGAAAUUGCAUAAUUUUGUGAUUUCAGUUCUUCCUAUUGUGUAACAAAAAAGCGUGACCCAGUGGGUUGCACUAACCUCUGCAUUUCAUAUAGUAUGUGACAGAAAGAUCUUUUGUAGAGCUUACUUUUAUUAUUAAAUGUACCAAGGUACUAUAUUUCAAGAAAACCACUUUCAGACUUCAUCUGCAACUGGUUAUUUUUUUUUCCAAAGAGAAACUUGUAAGUUUUCAGUACAAAUCUGUGCUACACUGGAUAAUACUUCUAGGGUUUUUUUCCUUUCCUUCUUUUUUUUUUGCACCUUAGACUAUUAUGGUAAUAUUGAGCUGUAAAAGUCUAUUAUUUUAUCUAUUAGUGAGUUCAAUUAAUAUCAUUGUUACAUAAAACUCCUUCAGUAUGAUAGCUUUUUUGUUAUUUUUUAAUCACGGUUUUUCCCAAACGUAUUAGAAGAACUUACACUGUGCUUUUGCCCUCAUGCUGGCCUCAUCCUGGCAAUUCAAUCUUAAUCCAAGAGGUGGUCCCACUAAGCCGGCUGGGACCACUAAGAUUAGGAUUUGCAAGUAGAGCCUGUAAGAAAGGUAGAUGAAUUGUCAUCUUAAUACAAAAGCAUUUCAGCUGGACAGGGUGCUGGGCACUCUUGUCUAGAGGAUGCAUUUAACAAGAAAGGUUGGACCAGGUGAUCAUUGAGGUCCCUUCCAACCUGGUAUUCUGUGACUCUCUGAAAAGCCGUUCCUCUGCUAUACUAAUAAAAUUUGUCCCUCUGAAACAUGGCUUCCAUACCAUUUUUGGCUGGGACAUAUAGACUGCUAAAUCAGAACAGGCUAAUACAAUGUAUGGAAUAUUUGUUCUGGUGAAAAAAGCAUUAGUGUAGUAUUUCCAAUUUUGAGUCUCCUAACUUUUUAUCUGUGUCAGCUAUCUAGUUAAACUAUUUGCUAAUCAGAGAUGUGUACAAUAUACAAAUAAUGAUCACCAUUUUUUUUUCCAUGUCUUUGUUGCAAGAAGAGCCAGGUCAGUCUUUUCUUUUUAUAUUUUUAAGUAAAUGAGCAAUGCCUCAUGAGAAUUAUAGUUUACUCCACAUUAUUUCAAUCUCAGAUCUUUUAAUCCUUUAUCCAGUUUGUGCUGAGGGAAUCCUGCUUUUCAGUUGAUUGGUCCAGCAAGCUUCUGGAACUUGGAAAAUUAAAGGGAGGUAGUAGUUCAUAUUUGUCAUUUUCUAGUCCUGUUGUUUGGUCACAUGAAAGAAUAAGGAAUUUUAUUUCCUCCAUUUUACUUUUUGUUAAAAUUGUAGUUUUGAGCGUAGAAGAUGGGAAAUAGUUGCCUAGGGAAGCUAGCAGACUCCCACUCUGUAAAAUUCUGGUAAAAUGACAAUAGCAAGAUGAUUUCUUAACAAAAGAAGAUAGCAAGAGUCAUUAUUUCCCCUUUAGAUUCAUUUUGUAGCAGAUUUGCAGAUAUGAAUACAGGGGUUUAUUUAAGUGUCUGAGAUCUAGAAUAAAAACAUGUUAACAAUAUUUCAUAUAAUAUUAAUAAUUCAGCUUUUAAAUGCAUUUUGAAUUCUUUAAUAUCUGGGUCAUAGUUUUCUUUACCUUUAGCCCUCACAGGGCCUUAGCAUAGAAGAUGCUGAAGAAGGAAAGAGAAUGAAGAGAACUCAUGGUUUUUACUUUCAGUUUUUGACUCUCUUUUGUUCGUCAUUUCUUCCUGAACCUGAUCCAUCUAAAAAUCCUUUCAGUCCCCAAGAGUGCCUGGAACCUUAAUACUGGAAAAGCAAUAUAAAUUCCAAAAUAACCAAUAGGGACCUGAAAAGGUUUUGUAUCUGCACUAAUUGAAAGUGAAUGAGAAGAAUAACACCAUAUUGUGAGAUAUAUACCCAUACAUGUGGACAAUCAAAUAAUAGAAAAUAAUAUAAUUUCUUAGAGCUGGGGAUACAAUGCACUGUACAAUCUUUUUUUUUCCUCUUUUGCCAAAGUGUGUUUUAGCAUUGCACACUGCUUUAAAACAAUACAAUUUACAAGUGGCUUUAUGUGUUCUGAAUAUUUUUGCCAUAAGAAAAUGCAGUGAGUGGGUAUUCAGUGGGGGGGGGGAAAGAAAAUUCAUCUUGCUUAUAACUACAUUUUAGCUUGCAAGUUACUGUACUCAAUAAUGCUGUAUUUGAAUUGUUAAAUUGUUUUGUGUCAUUAAAAAACAAAGAUGAAAGAAUAUAGAUAGAACAAAUAGCAUUCAGAAGUUUAAAAAACUUUCAUGAAAUUGAUUUUACAGAAAGCUUUGACAGUUCUUUUCCAAUGCAUUAUUUAUUUUAUUUGUGCCAUGCAUUUUUCUCACCAAAUGACCUUACCUGUAAUACAGUCUUGUUUGUCUCUGUUUACAACCAUGUAUUUAUUGUAAUGUACAUACUGUAAUGUUAAUUGUAAAUUAUCAGUUCUUAUUAUAACAUCACCCUUGUCAGGGUGGUGUUGCUAUAUUUGGAAACUCUUGGUGAGAGAAUGAUUAUUGUGUAUACAUAUUCCUUGUACAUUUUUUCUCCUGUAAUAUAUUCAGUGUCACCUUAGAGCUUGGUUAUGGAAGAGUCAAGAAAAGUAUAAAAUACAUAAAGAUAUAUCGAGAAAAAAAGCUGCAGGUCUUUGGUCCCAGGGCUGUGCCUUAACUUUAAACAAUAUUUUCUUCUGGCUUGCUGCAUUUGGAAGUAAGGUAGCUGUGAGGCUAGGGCUGGGCAUUUUUACCAUAUUUUUAGUUGCUGACUGGUGAAGUUACUUGUAUGAGCUAAUAUGCAUGAUACUACACCAAGCUUUCAUUCGUGACCGUGCUGAAAGUUCAAGCUUUUCCAGACUUCUGGCAAUGUAAUUGUGUUGCCUCUCUGAUUAUCUUUUUACAGGCUAUCACCAGAAAUUAUUGCAGCCAUUUUUUUCUCCUAAAAAAAUAUAAAGUUGAUGCCGUAUUUCAGUACCAAAUUGCAUUGAAACAGCUUUGGAAAGCAUCUCUAAUAAGCAUUUGAUUUUAAUGCCUAUGCGGAAAUGGAGUAAUAGGAAUUAAAAGGGUAUAACUCAUACACUUUUAAAAUGGUCUGUAAUAUCGCUUCUUUAUUUAGUAGCACAAAUUAACACUGUAUAAGCAGAAUCCACAAAGUAGGACAAAAGGCAGCUUUAACCUUGGAAAUGCUUUCCAACACCACUAUUAUUGUUAGAAGCAGCCAAAAUCUUAUUUUAUAUAGAUGUAUCAAAGGCUUUUUGCACAUGUGUAUAGCAUGCACUAGAUCUACAGGACAGUGGUAAACCUUUAGAUCUUUUAAUAACACUAGUAUUAGGUUUGCAGGUUGGACUGAGCAUCUCUUGCUGUUUGACUUGCCACAUUGCUCCAAGCUACUUAGAGCUGCUAUCAGUGAAUUUGCCAGAGUGAGGUAAAUACCUCUCCUCCAUUCCAGUGGUGCCCAGCCCUUGUAGAAUGUGACUAAUUUGUGAAAGGAGAGAUUCUUUUUCAAGGAAAAACAGAGCCUCCUUUUUGACACAAACUGUAGAUUUUAGCAGCCCUGGCCCAAAGGAAAUCGGUUGCUUUUGUUUUAAUCGAUAUAAAAGGGACACCGUAACAACAGAGAUCCUGAACAUGUUUUUGUUAUUGUUUUAAUUUGAUUUUUUUCUUUGGUUAUGUCUUGAGAGUGGCAACUUGUGUGAACAUUGCACAUGACUAUUCUUUCACUGGUUUCUUAGCCUCUCUUGCAGCCUAGGGGAUAGUAUUGUACAUCAAUACCUUCAUACAAAAUUUUAUAUGCAAUGGAAAUAAAAGCAUGGGUUGAUUCUGCCUA